GGAAGCUGUGAAACCUGCUAACUUCCAAAGAGUUGUCCAGGCAGUAAAGAUUGUCUGUGGUUUUGAUGAAGAAAAGCAUUCAUACCAAACACCAAGUCUUGCACUAAAACUGGGACAUACACUUCAGAAAAUCAGUGACAUUAUCCAUUGCCGAGCACUCAUGGCAGAAGAUGAAGAACUGAUUAAGUCAACAGACACUUUCAAAAAGCUGUAUACAUCCAAGUGGUCUGAGUUAGUGUCACAUACUGCCUUGAACACUCUGAGUCAUGCCAAAUAUAAUAAGCCAUUAACCUUACCAUUCACAGAAGAUGUUCAGAGUCUUCAUAGGUAUCUUAAGGAAUCUGGAGAAAAUGCAUUUUCUAUCUUGAAAGAUGAGGUCAGCCCCCAGAAUUAUGCCAAACUUGCAAAAGUUACUCUUGCACAGGUCAUUGUGUUCAAUCGAAGACGAGCUGGAGAAGUCUCAAAGAUGCAUCUCAGAGGUUUCCAGCAGAGAGAUGACUCAAAGCUCCAUGAAGAUGUUGCUGCUGGAUUGUCCAAGGUUGAAAAAAAGCUCUGUAGCUACUUUAGUCGUGUUGAAAUAAUUGGGAAAAGAGGUCGAAAAGUUGCAGUUCUCCUUUCUCCUGAUGUGGUGGAUGCUCUGACUCUGCUGGUCAGCAAAAGAGAGCAAUGUGGUGUUUGCUCCACAAACAUCUUUCUUUUUGCUCGACCAAGAUCUCAAAGUCACUACAGAGGCCAAGACUGUUUGCGUGUUUAUGGAAGCCAAUGUGGGGCGAAGCAUCCAGAGUUCCUCAGGUCCACACAACUCAGGAAGCAUGUUGCCACAUUGUCACAAGUCCUUAACCUCAAAAAUAAUGAAAUUGACCAGGUGGCUGACUUCCUGGGACAUGAUAUUCGUGUCCACAGGGAAUUUUAUCGCUUACCUGUGCCAACAACACAACUGGCAAAGAUUUCUAAGCUCCUUUUGUCCAUGGAGAAAGGACACGUAUCUACCCUGCAAGGAAAAUCCCUUGAUGACAUCGAAAUUGAAGAUGAAAUAGAACUAAGUGAGGAUGAAGAAAAAGAAGAUUUAAGUGAUUUGGAUGACUGUGAUUCUGAGGAACCUGAGGAACCUGUUGAACCUGAGGAACCUGUUGAACCUGUUGAACCUGUGGAACCUGAGGAACCUGUGGAACCUGAGGAAUCUGUGGAACCUGACCAAAGCAAGAAUAUGGAUGAUUUGUUGGGAGCAGUGUCAUCGGCAGCAGAGGAAAUUGUUCCUUCUGUUGAAGAGACCUCCUCUGUUGCACCCAGAAGACAACCAAAAAAACCAUGGUCAAGUGCUGAGAUUUCUGCUGUUAUGAGGCAUUUUAAAGCUCACAUAGGUAAAGGAAAACUUGCCACUAAAAGUGAGUGCAAUCAUUGCAAGUUGGUGGAAGGUCCUGUGCUGGCUCAAAGAACAGCACAAAACAUCAGGGACUUUGUGAGAAACCGUGGAAUAACUGCUAAGAGGCAGGCACAAAAGAAAAGGCUCUAGAUUUUAUGUGAAGCAAUUACUUGUUCAAAAGUGUUCUCAUGCUACUAAAACAAUUUUUUUCAUUGCCUAUCAAAUAAUAUUAUCUGUAAAGUCCCAUGACUUAAAGGCUGUUUAAAUGUAGUUGUGUUGAUAGGCAGAAAAAUGUUUUUCUAAUGCUGAGGCAUUUUUCUAUUGUCCAGCAUAAAAAUGAUUGGAAAAGAUGGCAGAAUUUUAAUUUAACAUUCUUUUACUUAUUUUUUUAUACUCAUAAUACAUGGCAACAUUCUGUACCCUAAAUCCCUUAUUUUACUUCUCUGUAUGUUUUGUUGAAUCACUUAAAUUGGACUUUUUUGUUUUGGUAAUUUCAAUUUCAGGCAUACUUUUAUUUUUUUAAAGAAAAAUAAUUGAAUUAUUUGGUCAUAUUUGCCUAAUAAAAUAUGUUCUGUUAAUGCUUUGUGCUGUCAGGUUGUGUAUUUAUGCUAAUCAGCAGGUUUUUAAAAAUGACGUAAUUGUCCCUUUAAAGUCCUCACAAUACUUUGUUUUGUUCUCAUAAACCACCUUUUGCUGAUGUCCUAAUAAGCCACCAUGAUGUCAGAUUGCUGUAAAAAAGGCUGUGUAGCUGCUAUCUGAAGUCUAAAGGGCGCUAAAUUUUUUUCAGAUUUUUUGCAGUGUUUUAAACUACCUCCCAUUGCUCUAGCUGCUUGGGAAAGGGUAGUCCAUCUAAACCACCUUCGGGCCUGUUUGGCGAAAAAGGCAGGCUAUACCCUAUAUACCUG